AUGACCAGCCAACAAUUCAAAGAAUCCGCCAACUCCGUCAUCGAAGAAAUAGAAAACUACUACACAACCCUCCCCUCCCGCCCCGUCCUCCCCUCAAUCGGACCAGGCUACCUAGCAAAACUCCUCCCAGACUCGCCACCGCAACAAGGCGAAGAAUGGCACGCCAUCGAAAAGGACAUCGAAGCCAAAAUCAUGCCGGGCGUCACGCACUGGCAGCACCCCAAGUUCAUGGCCUUCUUCUCCGCGUCGAGCACGUACCCGGGGAUUCUGGGCGAGAUGUGGAGCGCGGCGUUGACGGCGCCGGCGUUCAAUUGGAUUUGCUCGCCGGUGGUGACGGAGCUGGAGACGGUGGUGAUGGAUUGGAUGGCGCAGAUUCUGGCGUUGCCCGGGGUGUUUCAUUCGCAGGGGAGUGGGGGAGGGGUGAUUCAGGGGUCGGCGUCGGAGGCGAUUGUGACGGUGAUGAUUGCGGCGCGGGAGCGGUUUGUGCGCAGGCAGGUGGCGAGGGAGGGGGUGACGGAUCCCGAGGAGGUGGAGGAGAGGUCCUGUGAGUUGAGGUGUAAGUUGGUGGCGAUGGCGUCGGAUCAGGCGCAUUCGUCGAGUCAGAAGGCGGCGAAUAUUGCUGGGACUAGGUUCAGGAGUAUAGCGACGAGACAUGAGGAUGCGUAUGCUCUGAAGGGCGCGGAUCUUCGCAGGAAAAUCGAGGAGUUGAAGUCGAAGGGCUUGCAGCCGUACUAUCUGACCGUCAGCAUUGGUGCAACAGGCACCUGUGCUGUCGACGACUUCGAAUCUAUUGCAGAAGUCGCCAAAGACUACCCGGACAUCUGGAUCCACGUAGACGCCGCAUACGCCGGCGCCGCUCUGGUCCUCCCAGAAUACCAACACCUCUCGAAACAAAUCGAAUUCGUCGACUCCUUCGACUUCAACAUGCACAAAUGGCUCCUGACCAACUUCGACGCCUCCUGUCUCUACGUCCGAAACCGACGAGACCUCACCGACGCCCUGAGCAUCACGCCGACCUACCUCAAGAACCAAUUCACCGACAGCGGCCUCGUAACAGACUACCGAGACUGGCAGAUCCCCCUGGGACGCCGCUUCCGCGCCCUGAAAAUCUGGUUCGUGAUCCGCACAUGGGGCGUCGAAGGCUUCCAGGAACACAUCCGCCACCACAUCAACCUGGGCAACCUCUUCGCGGAUCUGGUGAGGUCGAGAAAAGACCUCUUCAGUAUCCUCUCCCCGCCAAUCUUCGCUCUCACAGUCCUCACCGUCAACCCGCAAACCUGGAAGAACCUCCAAAUCGACCGUGCCAGCAGCGGAGCUGACCCCCGACCUGAUCAGGACAGCCACGCGCUCGUCGACACAAAGACUAGCGAUGAGGACUUGAAGGCGGCGAAUGAGGUCACGAAGGAAGUGUAUACGUUGAUCGAUGAGCGGAAGGAGUUCUUCCUCACGUCGUCGGUUGUGGGGGGCGUUUAUGCCAUUCGAGUCGUGUCUGCGAAUCCUUUGGCCGAGGAGAAGCCUGUGAGGCAGGUGUUCGAUGAGCUUGUGGCGACGACGGAGGAGGUGUUGGCGAAGCAUAGGAAAGCUGGGGCCAAGUCGGCAGUUGGGACAUAG